AUGAACUCAGACCAGGAGAGUUUAUAUGAUCCGGAAGCAGGUGAUGAGUCGCCUCAGGUGCUGGAUGCUGCGAAUAUUAGCCACACACCGUCUACGGCAACCGCACAUAGCAGUAAUUCAGAUGGUAAUCGUAACGAUGAAACGACAAGCAAAGAUGACGCGUCUGUUGCAGCCAAUGAUGGACCAUAUACAUCGCCGCGUAGACGUUGGUUCAUCUUAGAACCUGCAGUAUUUUUGGUUUUCCUUGCAAUGUAUUUAUCAGGGGCGGUUUAUCAGAACCAAGUUCUUUAUCAGACUUGUGUCGCAGUAUACAAAUAUAAUGAAAGUGAUUGCCAGCCACUGCUGGGUGUUAGCAGAGAAACGAAAGAAGCUGAGGAAAUCGAAACGCGUGUACAACCGUAUGUUGCACGAAUUCUAAUGGCUCGUUCACUUUUGGAGAGCAUUAUACCAGCAUUCGUUAGUUUAUUUGUGGGUCCAUGGUCGGAUAAGUUUGGACGUCGUCCUAUUAUACUCGCAACAUAUACAGGCUACCUCACUGGCUGCGUAAUACUAACGGUGUUGGCUUUUAUUUCGACGAAAGUUGUAAUUAGCCCAUGGCUUUUUCUACUAUCUUCCGUACCCUCGGUGAUUAGUGGUGGCACCUGCGCUCUAAUAACUGGUAUUUAUUGCUACAUUUCGGAUGUAGCUAAGGAAAAAGCGCGCGCUGUACGCAUGGUGUUGAAUGAAGCUUCACUGUUGGCUGGCAUGAUGGUUGGUAAUGUGCUUAGCGGUUACGUAUACGCGGCCACAAAUGUUGUGACAGUGUUUGGCAUUUCGGCACUGCUAAUGCUACUCGCCUUAUUAUAUGUGGUCAUAUUUGUGGUGGAAAGUUUGCGGCCCGAUCAAAUUCAUUCUGGUUCCAAAAUACGUGAAUUCUUCCGCUUUGAUUUGGUUAAGGACCUCGUGCAUACUUGCUUCGAACGACGACCCAGCUACGAUCGUGCCAUCAUUUGGCUGACAAUGAUUACACUAACUAUCGCAUUAUUCACCAUGGAGGGUGACAGCAAUGUAACAUAUCUCUUCUUUCGUGCCAAGUUCGAGUGGACACUGAAAGACUAUACACUAUUCAACGCUGCACGCAUUGUUGUGCAGAUAUUUGGCAGUAUUUUCGGUUUAAUUUUCUUGCGAAAAGUUCUCAAAUUCUCAAUUGUCUCCAUGACAAUGCUUUCCUUGGCCUGCUGUGUGUUGGAGAGUACCGUGCGUGCCACUGCCAUGUAUUGGUGGGAGUUAUAUUUGGGUAUGAUACUAGGCGGCAUGCGUGGCAUAAUGGGUCCUAUGGCGCGUGCCAUACUAUCACAUGUGGCGCCACCGACGGAAGUUGGCAAAAUAUUUGCUUUCACCACGUCGCUGGAGUCGCUGUCCCCACUCGGCGCGGCACCACUAUAUGCAAUAGUAUAUAAUGCGACAAUCGAAUUUUAUCCAGGAAUCUUCAAUUUCAUAAGCGCGGGACUGUAUUUACUUUGUUUCACAUUGAUUGCCGUAAUUUACAGCAUUCAAAAAUCACUGGGUAAUACGGCUGCUUAUCAGGCGAUCGGUAGUUAAAA